AUGAAGUUCAUCACGCUCUUAGGUCUUGCCGCGACAGCCCUGGCCAUGCCAUACGGCGAGCUUCCCUGGGAUGACCUGAUCUGCACGCCCCCGGAGUACAUCUGCAAGCCCGACUUCACUGGCUGGCUCGUCUGCAACGUGGACGGCCACUACCUUGAUGGUGGAAACUGCGAUGGGGACACGUGGUGCGAGUACAUCAACGACCUGCCGUACUGCGUUUAA